CUCUUCGCCCGCAGUUGGCGCCGCCACGGAGCUGGGUAGUAGCAUGUCUGCCGGCCGGGCCAAAAAAGUGAAGAUGGCCACCAAGUCGUGCCCUGAGUGCGACCAGCAGGUUCCUGUUGCAUGCAAGUCCUGUCCAUGUGGGUAUAUAUUUAUCAGUCGGAAACUCCUGAAUGCAAAACGUUCUGAAAGGCUGCCAUCUUCUGCAGAAAGCAGAAGUGAAGCUAAGAGAAGACGGACAGAGAGAGUCAAAAGAGAGAAGAUAAAUCCUGUGGUAAAUAAAGACUUAGAAAACAGGAAAAGAUCCAGAUCACAUAGUCAUUCAGAUCACAGCAGAAGAGGAAGAGGACGACCUAAGGCAGCUUCAUCUAAAAAGCAUGAUGAAGAAAAAGAGAAACAAGAAAAAGAAGUUGACAUGUAUGCAAACCUUUCUGAUGAAAAGGCUUUUGUAUUUUCUGUGGCCUUGGCAGAAAUAAACAGAAAAAUUAUCAACCAGAGACUUAUUCUUUGAUUAUCUGGUCAUGACCUCAGCAUGCCGUGCUGUUUAUGAAGCCAGGUAGUGGAUUUCAAACCUUCCGUGGCCUCUCCAGCAAUGAAUGCUGUUAACCUGCGUCAGUUGAGGCCGUACGUUUUUCCUGGCUGAAUCUCUGCCUCUUGUGAUUGCUUUUGAAGCCUGCAGACUUGAUGUUCCAGCUAAUUGUCAAGAAGCAAAAUUAACAGCUCCUUGCUUUGUUGAAGGGGCAGGCGGGGAUGUCUGAAGCAAAAUCUUUUCACUCUGCAGAGACAGCUAGAAGAACUCUCAAAAGUUUUUGCACACUGUUCCUUUGAACGUUGCUGCACUUAAAAUGCAGUGUUUUAAUUUAAAAUUCCCUUCACAUAAUUGCAGAUUUUCAGUUAUGUUGAACAUCUAUGUAUAUAGUCAAGCUAACCUAUACAUAAAUUGAUAUUCUGGUAUUUUAUUGAAAUCCACGGAUUGUGAAAUCAAUUGGUGGGUUAAGUUGAACUUAUUAUUAUAUAAUAUGUUAUUGGUUUAAGAGUCUUUCUGCGUUGUUCUGAACUUUAUCAAAUGGACGUGUAAGACUGUAACCAUAGAAACAUGAGGGAAUAAAUUGCAUUGAACUUAUUGGGAUGUGAGUAAGCAGACAUACAUUCUGCUGAUAGGCUUUUAUAAAAGCUUAUUUUAUACAGUCUUUGGUGUCUCGGGUUUUAAAAUCCUAUAAUCCAGACUUAAUUUGGCAGGCACCAGAUCAAGGAAAGCUGGUCUAUGAUUUCAUAUGGAAAUU